AGGCUUUGUUGGAAGGAAUACAAAAUCGAGGACAUGAUGGAAGCAGAAGUGUGAGCAAAAUCUAAGCUGAUCCAUGUCGUGUUUGUGGACAGUAUCGCUCCUUGGGGUGUUUCCCUCAUCUCAGCAGUGUGAAGCUGGAUGCUUACCAUCAUCCCAGUUAAGUUUUCUGCUUUUAAAAAGCAAAAGGCUAUAGAGGUUUUGUGACACUAAGAACAAAUGCUUUUUUUAAAAAAAGUAUUUAAGCCUUAGGAGUUAUCUCUCUGUGGCCAUUCCCGGAAACCUCUGAAUCCAAUACAUCUAUGUCCAAUUCUGUUUCUACCUUUGUAACAUCUGGCAUCUCCUGAAACACUGAAGGACAUCAGUAAGUUUACAACACUAAGGUAGGAUGUGGUAAGUUUCUAAUAAUAAGUUGGAAAGAAAUAGUUGGAAUAAAUUUGGCUCAAGGAUGGAGGUUCUUAAAACAGCUCUUAAAAUUGUAUUGUCAUUUUCCCAAUAGCCUACUUGUUUCCAAAGCUUUUUAUUUUGUUUGAUGAGCUGAGAAUGUGACAUAUGCUUGCCUGGAUUCUUCCUGAAAGCUUCCCUAAAAUGUUACAGAAGAGCUAGUUGUUUGUUGUGGAAGUCUCACUCACAAACCAGACUUCAAACAUAAACCUUGCGUUUGACCAGUUGACUUAGGCUUAGGCUUUAGGUCGGCUACUGGAGGAAGACAAACUUCCGUGGAAUAAGUGAUCAUCUUAUGUGAGCAUUAAAAGGAAAAGCUCAGAGAUCCUGUUCUCUGCUUCUGAUAAUUUAUUUGUUGACACUGUUCCACUUCAGGGGAUUUUUGACAUCCUGUGAAGCAGAACUACAGGAGCUCAUGAAACAGAUUGACAUAAUGGUAGCUCAUAAAAAAUCUGAGUGGGAAGGACAGACACAUGCUCUAGAAACUUGCUUGGACAUCCGUGAACGGGAACUUAAGGCUCUCAGGAGUCAGGUGGAUAUGAAACACAAAGAGGUUGGAAUGUUGCGUCAGCAGGUUGAAGAACAUGAAAAAGUCAAGCAAGAGAUGGCCAUGGAGUAUAAGCUGGAGUUAAAGAAACUACAUGAAGAAUUAGGCAGACUGAAGAGAAGCUAUGAAAAGCUACAGAGAAAACAUGUAAGAGACUUCAGAGGAAAUGCCAAAAAUCACAGGGAAGAUCGGUCUGAAAUUGAGAGGUUAACUGGAAAAAUAGAGGAAUUUCGUCAGAAAUCACUGGACUGGGAGAAGCAGCGCUUGACUUAUCAGCAACAGGUAUCUUCUCUGGAGGCACAAAGGAAGGCUCUGGCUGAACAAUCAGAGAUAAUUCAGGCUCAGCUUGCCAAUCGGAAACAAAAAUUAGAGUCUGUGGAGCUGUCCAGCCAGUCAGAAAUUCAGCACCUGAGCAGUAAGCUGGAGCGGGCCAAUGACACCAUCUGUGCCAAUGAGUUGGAAAUAGAGCGCCUCACCAUGAGGGUCAAUGACUUGGUUGGAACCAAUAUGACUAUUAUGCAAGACCAGCAGCAAAAAGAAGAAAAAUUGAGGGAAUCUGAAAAACUGUUAGAGGUUCUGCAAGAAGAAAAGAGAGAAUUGAAGGCAGCUCUUCAGACUCAAGAAAAUUUCAUGCAUGAGACAAGAAUACAAAAGGAGAAGCUACAAGCAAAAUUAAAGGCAACUGACACUCAACACACAGUAGAGACCAUAAGGUCACUGGAGGAGUCUGAGGCAGAAAGGAGGUAUGCCUCUCAAGGGCAGGGAGACUUAGAGAAUGUGCUCUCCCGACUGGAUUUUACCCACACUAGUGAAGAACUUCUGCAGGCAGAAGUGACUCGUCUGGAAGGCAGCUUGGAAUCUGUGAGUACAACUUGUAAACAGCUGAGCCAAGAGCUAAUGGAAAAAUAUGAAGAAUUGAAGAAGAUGGAAGUGCAUAACAAUGAGUACAGGGCCGAGAUUAAGAAGUUGAAAGAACAGAUUUUGCAGGCUGAACAGAGUUACAGUUCUGUACUAGACGGAAUGAAGGUGGAGAUCUCCCAGCUAACUCGAGAGUUACAUCAGCGAGAUAUCACUAUUGCUUCCACCAAAAGUUCUUCCUCUGACAUGGAGAAGCAACUCAAAGCAGAGAUACAAAAAGCAGAAGAAAAAGCAGUAGAGCACAAGGAGAUUUUGGCUCAGUUGGAGUCACUCAAGUUAGAAAAUCAUCGUCUUUCUGAAAUGGUGAUGAAAUUGGAAUUGGGUUUACAUGAGGCAAAAGAGGUUUCACUAGCAGACCUCCAGGAGAAUUAUAUUGAGGCAUUAAAUAAAUUAGUGUCUGAAAAUCAACAACUACAGAAAGAUUUGAUGGAUACCAAAGCUCAGCUGGAGAUUUCUACUCAGAUUUGCAAAAAAAACCAUGACAGGAUCUUUAAACCAACACACAGCAGAGUACCUGAGUUCAAGAACACGGAGUUCAAGCCAGCCAGUGGCCAGCGCAAGCAUGACGGGAUGAAGGCUGAGCACUACAAAGCAGGUCUUCAUUCCAGGCAAGGACAAGCGUCGGAUAGCGUAGAGCCUGUGUCCGGGGGCCUCAGCCCCCCGAGUCAUCAAAUCAGCCCUCGCUGCUCCACCGGCUCUCUGCCUUCUGACUUUCUGUGCAAAACUCACUCUCUGCCUUCAGUGCUAGAUACAGAUGAAACCAAUUUUUCUGACACUGUCUCUGAAAGUAUAAAUGACCAGGAAGACUUUCUAUCUUCGUGUCCCUUGCCUCUGUCUCCUCUUGGUUCAAUAGCCACAAGAUUUUUGGAAGAGGAGGAACUGAGGUCUCAUCACAUUCUAGAGCGCCUGGAUGCCCAUAUUGAAGAACUAAAAAGAGAGAGUGAAAAGACAGUGAAACAAUUCACAGCCCUAAAGUAGCCUCUUAAAAAAUCACAAACUUGGAAAUAAAAAUAAACACCGGAGAGUUACUGUCAUCCUGAAGUAGCGGCUCUUUGAAAGGCUGAACAUAUAGAAACCAUAAAAAUGAGAUGUACUAAUAAAGCUGCCAUGAGGAGUCUGAGAAACUGAUGUUAGCUCUAAGGUGUUUUCACUGCACUGGUUUGUUUGAAGGACUUUUUCCAGCAAUAACUUGUAAAUAAACCACUUUGCUAGA